AUGGACCGGCUGCUGGCGGCGCCAGUCGGGGCGGCAGCUGAGGCGGAGGCCGGCGAGGAGGCGGAUCCCCCGGCGGCAGACUUGUCAAUGCCCCAGGUCGUCGGGCAGAGGGACGCCGACCACACGCAGAAGCAGAUGCCUGAGGGGCCCCCGCUGCUGCUGUCCUGCACACUGCAGGACCUGCUGGCCAAGGACAGCGUGCAGGUGGAGCUCAUCCCCGAGAAGAAGGGCCUGUUCCUGAAGCAUGUGGAGUACGAGGUCUCCAGCCAGCGCUUCAAGUCCUCCGUGUACAGACGGUACAACGACUUCGUGGUCUUCCAUGACAUGCUGCUGCACAAGUUCCCGUACCGCAUGGUGCCAGCCCUUCCACCCAAGAGGAUGCUGGGAGCCGACAGGGAGUUCAUCGAGGAACGCAGGAGGGCCCUGAAACGCUUCCUCAACCUCGUGGCCCGGCACCCUCCGCUCUGCGAGGACGUCCUGCUCAAGCUCUUCCUCUCCUUCAGCGGCCCCGAUGUGCAGAGCCAGCUCAGGGGGUCCGCCCAGUGCCUCGGAGACGAGUUCCUGAGCUGCGAGCUGGCUGCCAGGGCCAAGGACUUCCUCCCGGCCGAUAUCCACGCGCAGUUCGCCAUCAGCAGGGAGCUGAUCCGUAACAUCUACAACAGCUUCCACAAGCUCCGUGACCGAGCCGAGCGGAUGGCGGCCAGGGCCGUGGACAACGCUGCGGACCUGCUCAUCUUCGGGAAGGAGUUGAGUGCUCUAGGGUCUGACACCACCCCGCUGCCCUCCUGGGCCUCCCUGCACAGCAGCACCUGGGGCUCCCUGAAGCAGGCCUUGAAGGGGCUGUCUGUGGAGUUCGCGCUGCUUGCCGACAAGGCUGCCCGACAGGGCAAACAGGAAGAGAACGACGUGGUGGAAAAGCUGAACCUCUUCCUGGACCUGCUGCAGUCGUACAGAGACCUGUGUGAGCGACAUGAGAAGGGUGUGCUGCACAAGCAGCAGCGGGCCUUGCACAAGUACAGCCUGAUGAAGCGGCAGGUGAGCGCUGCGGCACAGAGCCGCGAGCCCGAGGCCGUGGAGCAGCUGGAGUCGCGCAUCGUGGAGCAGGAGAGUGCGAUCCAGACCAUGGAGCUGCGGAACUACUUCUCACUGUACUGCCUGCACCAGGAGACGCAGCUGGUCCACGUCUACCUGCCCCUCACCUCCCACAUCCUCGGAGCCUUCGUCAACUCCCAGAUCCAGGGCCACAAGGAGAUGAGCACAGUGUGGAGGGAGCUGGCGCCCAAGCUGAGCUGCCUGUUUGCGGCGCCACACACUGCCACCAGCACUGCCGGGGUCCCCACCGCGCGGCUGUGUCCUCUCUAGUGCCUGAGGCCCCAGCCUUCUCCCGCGGCCUCACGAAAGCUUCUCUCCAGUGUUGUCCCUGGCUCAUUCCCUUCGGACUGCCGGCUGUGGUGCUCCUGGGGGCUGAGCCCUCCCGAAGCCGGACAUCUGGAUAUGACAGGACAGCAGGGUCUGGUGCCAGCACGGCCCUCUGGCCACCUGCCCGCCCCGUCCUGGCCUGCUCUCUGGAUGAGCUCAGCGGGAGAAACGUGGACCUUGUUUGGACGGCAACGUCGUGGGAGCUGGCAGGGGGUGAGAGGGUCCCGGGCAGGAUACUGGGAGUGGGUCGGCGCAGCAGGCUGAGGACGGCUGCAAGGCCACUGCCUGCAGCUGCACACACUGGGCUGUCAGGGUGUGUUGGGAUCCAGGCUGCCCACACCUGCACCCACAUGGCAAGACGCACAUGCUUGCCAUGUCACACUCAGGCUGGUGCUGAGGCCACCAGCAGUCAGGGGCUGGCGCCUCCGGCCCGGGUGCUCCUGGUCCCUGGGCACUGGGGCUGGGGCCCAUGCCCGGUGGGGCAGCUGGUGGGCAGUGCUGCAAGAAUUCGCAAACCACCUGGAAUUGUUCUGCUGACUGGAACCUGUCCCUGCCUCCUCGGUGCCAGGAGAGGGUCUACCCAGACCACAGGCUCUCUGAUGUCCACCCCAGCACUGAGGACUCACCCGAGUCCGAGGUGAGGCUGCACUUCCCUGCCUGUGUGUCUGCAUGCAGCCUGCAGGUGGCCAGCCCCAUGAGCAGCCAGCUCUCAUUCCCACGAGGGGAGUCGGCCCCUCUGGCAUGCCAGGCCCUGUGGGCCCUGUCCAAGUGUGCCUUCCUGUCCUGCUGGCCGGUGGCCGGUCCCUGGCCACCACUGGCAUCACGGGACUGUAGUGCCUUGUGCCCACCACCCUGCAGAAGCAGCUGGAUAGAAGCCCUGUGCUGUCCCAGCACUGCACGUUGGCCCAGUGUCCCCGAGCUGUGACACGCGGCCUUGUGCGGUGGACAGAGGGGCGGGGUUUCCUACGUGCCCUGCACUGCUGCCCUGGGCUCUGCCCCCUGCCCCGGCAGAGCUGGGGAGGGCAUGGAGGCCGAGCCUGCCGGCCAGUGCUCCCCCAUCCCCCACACUGCCAAGUGGACUUCUCUGAGAACUUGACUGACAGGCCCCAUGCCUGGUCUGAGUUGAGGGGUCUCCCAGGCAGGGUCUGGGGAAGCAGGAGCUUGGCCCCCCUCACGAGGCUGCCGGAGUCGGUUACUGCUACCCUGGAAAACUGCAAUUGUUUACAGAUGACCCACACCCCGAAGUCUCUGUCUGUACACUUCUGCCAACAGUGAUUAAAUGACAAUGCAAACUGG